CGCGACCGCGGCCGAUAUAUACCUCGCCCCCCCGCCCCGCUCCAAUGGCGUCCGCCGCAUCCACCUCCGCCACCGCCGCCGUCGCCGCCGCCGCCUCCCGCCUGCUCCUGCGCCGCGCGCCGCACCUCCUGCGCCGACUCCCCCGCGCCGCGCCGUCCGCCCGCCCCUACUGCUCCUCGUCGUCGUUCGGCGCCGCCGCCGCAGCCCCUCUCCGCCGCCCGUUCGGGCACCGCGCCAGGAUGGGGCACACCUCCGCCUCCGCGUCCGCGUCCGCCGCCGUCCCCGCGCUCGGGCUCACCAAGGCCAACGCCGUGGAGCUCCCCCAGGUUGCUUUCACGGGCAAGGACAUUGAGUUCUCCGACUGGAAGGGCGACAUCCUCGCCGUCGCGGUCACCGAGAAGGAUCUGUCCAAAGGAUCAGACUCCAAGUUCGAGAAUGCCGUGCUAAAGAAGCUCGACGCCCAGCUCAGCGGUCUGCUCUCGGAGGCCUCGGCCGAGGAGGAUUUCACCGGGAAGGCCGGGCAAUCGGUGGUCCUCCGCCUCUCCGGGCAGGGUUUCAAGAGGGUGGCUCUUGUUGGUCUUGGCCAGAGCGCCCCGUCCACCGCCGCGGCUUGCCGGGGUAUCGGUGAAUCCGUUGCAUCAGUUGCCAAGUCUGCUCAGGCUACCAGCGUCGCUAUUGUUCUUGCCUCCCCCGCUGGGAUCCAGGAAGGGUUCAAGCUCAACGCUGCCGCAGCAAUCGCUUCCGGAACCGUGCUUGGGUUGCAUGAGGACAGCAGAUUCAAGGCUGAGUCGAAGAAGGUUCAUCUUAAACAAGUAGACCUUAUUGGACUGGGUUCUGGUUCAGAGCUGGACCAGAAACUUAAGUAUGUCAAUGAUCUUUCCUCGGGCGUGAUUUUCGGGAAAGAGCUUGUCAACGCACCUGCAAAUGUCCUUACCCCUGCUGUGCUUGCGGAGGAGGCAUCAAAGAUUGCUUCUGAAUUCAGUGAUGUAUUCACUGCCACGAUAUUAGAUGUAGAGAAAUGCCAAGAGCUAAAGAUGGGCUCCUACUUGGGAGUUGCUGCAGCUUCUGCAAAUCCUCCUCACUUCAUCCACUUGUGCUACAAGCCCGUUGGUGGCAAUGUCAAGAGAAAGCUGGCUAUUGUUGGGAAGGGGCUAACUUUUGACAGUGGAGGCUACAACAUUAAGACUGGACCAGGCUGCAGUAUUGAACUGAUGAAGUUUGACAUGGGAGGCUCUGCGGCAGUGUUUGGUGCAGCAAAAGCUUUGGCCCAAAUCAAGCCUCCUGGAGUAGAGGUUCACUUUAUUGUUGCUGCCUGUGAGAAUAUGAUUAGUGGCACAGGAAUGAGACCUGGUGACAUUUUGACUGCUUCUAACGGGAAGACGAUUGAGGUAAAUAACACUGACGCUGAAGGGAGGCUUACGCUUGCUGAUGCUUUGGUCUAUGCUUGUAAUCAAGGUGUUGACAAGAUUAUUGAUCUGGCAACACUAACCGGUGCCUGUGUUGUUGCACUUGGGCCUAGCAUUGCUGGAAUCUUCACACCAAGUGAUGAACUAGCCCAAGAAGUCACUGCUGCAUCUGAGUUAUCGGGGGAGAAGUUCUGGAGAUUGCCCAUGGAGGAAAGCUACUGGGAGCAGAUGAAGUCUGGUGUGGCUGACAUGGUCAAUACCGGCGGUCGACAGGGCGGUUCCAUCACAGCUGCCCUGUUCCUGAAACAGUUUGUCGACGAGAAGGUUCAGUGGAUGCACAUCGACAUGGCCGGCCCGGUGUGGAACGACAAGAAGCGUGCCGCGACCGGGUUCGGCGUGUCCACCCUGGUGGAGUGGGUCCUCAAGAACUCAUCAUCAUCAUCAUCGUGAAUGAACUUCCCCCCUGAUUUCCAUUGGUUCUGAUAACGGCGUCAGAGAUUCAUCGUCUGCACCAGUGAAUGAAUGGUUUUUAUUUGCUUUUGGCUGGCGUAAGGACUGUGGAGCGAUAGAAUAAGGAAGGGUUUCAUGGAGGAAAAUAAAGCAGCAUGUCAUUGAACA